AUGUCCAGCGGCAUCCAGUCCGAAGAGCUGGCAUCCCGUCUGGAGAUCAAAAAGCACAUCUCGUUCCUGCUACGAUGUCUUCGGAUGCUACCUCAACCCUAUACCUCUGCCGAUGAUCAACGCAUGACACUCGGCUACUUUGCCAUCGCCGGACUCGACCUUCUCGACGCCACGGACAGAAUACCGGCAGACGAGAGAUCCGAACUCAUCUUAUGGGUGUACGAACAACAGCUCCCCACCGGCGGCUUCCGCGGCUCUCCCAGUUCGACUUUCUCACCCUGCUCCUCAUCCGCAACAGGUACAGCCAACGUCGCGAUGACCUACGCAGCACUUCUCAUCCUCGCCAUCCUCCAAGACGACUUCUCACGACUGGAUCGCAAAGCCCUGUGGCGAUUCAUCGUCGCAUUGCAAGGGAAGGACGGUGGGUUUGCGGCGGAAGAGCAGGCGGUAGGAGGGAUGGUAGAUCGGGAUCCACGAUUCACGUACUGCGCUAUUGCUAUUUGCUCCAUGUUGGGAGAAUGGGGAGGUGUGGAUGCGGAAGCGGCGAGAGGGUACUUGAAGGGAUGUCAGAGGUACGAUGGUGGGUUUGGGGCGAGUGAACUGCACGAAGCGCAUGCGGGCAUGACGUAUUGCUGUAUUGCAGGGCUCCUUCUGCUUCCGCAGCAGGAGGCGGUAUGGGAGAGGAGGGACGAGGCGCUGUCAUGGCUGGUGCAUCGACAAGUGGCUCCCGUCGCGCCACAGGUAGAAUCAACAACGACGCAACCACACGACGAUCGAGAACCUUUGACGUCAGACUCCGAGGAUGACGACGAAGCAGAACUCAGCGGUGGGUUUCAAGGCAGACCGGCCAAGCUGCCACCAGACGUGUGCUACUCGUUCUGGAACGGAGCAGCUCUGGCGCUUUUGGAACAGCACGACUUGAUCGAUGGCGUUGCCGAUGCGAGCUACGUCUUGUCCGCACAGAGCAAGGUUGGAGGCAUCGCAAAGAUACCUGGCGACCACCCAGAUCUGCUGCACACGUAUCUGGGGAUGGCUUCGCUGGCGUUGCAUCAGUCUGGGGAGGAACAGGCAGCCGAAGCAUCGGAUGAUCAUAGAGGAAAGGAUACAGGGAUCGCGUUCGGAUUGAAGCAGCUCGAUGCAGCGUACAACUGUAGCUUGAGCGCAAAGGCGUGGAUACGGGAGCACCUUACGAGGUGA